AGCUCAAAACUCCUCCCCUGAGCUGGUGUUCCCGCUUGUUCUUCCUCAAAAUCCAGCUAAUAUAAACCUCCUCUUGACCUACUUCAGCAGCAGAGGAAGCAGGCGUCGCACUCGGAGGAAUUCACCAAAACUCUUGCAGUCAUCAACUUUGAGGAUGUUGUCGUGCGCGUGUUUGUUGCUGCUGGCAGCGUCGGCCCUGGGACAACUGGACGAAGCCUCCCUGGAUUCACAGUGGGAGCAGUGGAAGACGACACACAGGAGAGAAUACAACGGCCUGGGCGAGGAGGGGAUCCGCCGGGCCAUCUGGGAGAAGAACAUGCGGAUGAUCGCGGCUCACAAUGAGGAGGCGAAUCUGGGAAUGCACUCCUACGAGAUGGGGAUGAACCACCUGGGAGACAUGACCUCGGAGGAAGUGGUGGACAAGAUGACCGGCCUGCAGAUCCCCAUCAACCGCAACUACACCGUGGACCUGGACCACCAGCGGGUCCACAUCCCCAAAUCCAUCGACUACCGCAAGAAGAAGAUGGUGACCUCCGUCAAGAACCAGGGCGCCUGCGGCUCCUGCUGGGCCUUCAGCUCCGCCGGGGCCCUGGAGGGCCAGCUGGCCAAGAAGACGGGCCGGCUGGUGGACCUCAGCCCUCAGAACCUGGUGGACUGCGUCACCGAGAACGACGGCUGCGGCGGCGGCUACAUGACCAACGCCUUCGCCUACGUGAGGGACAACGGCGGCAUCGACUCGGAGGAGGCCUACCCCUACGUCGGAGAGAACGAGCCGUGCCGCUACAACGUGUCGGGCAUGGCGGCUCAGUGCAAAGGCUACAAGGAGAUCCCGGAGGGCAACGAGCACGCGCUGGCCGUGGCGCUCUUCAAGGUGGGCCCGGUGUCGGUGGGCAUCGACGCCGCGCUGAGCAGCUUCCAGUUCUACCAGAGAGGUAUUUACUACGACCCGCAGUGCAACAAAGACGACAUCAAUCACGCCGUGCUGGCGGUCGGAUACGGCGUGAACAGCAAGGGGAAGAAGUUCUGGAUCGUCAAGAACAGCUGGAGCGAGGACUGGGGAAACAAGGGCUACGUCCUGAUGGCGCGCAACCGCGGCAACGCCUGCGGCAUCGCCAACCUGGCCAGCUACCCCAUCAUGUGAUCGGAGGAGGACGAGGACGGAUGAGCGGGACUUUGGAG